AUGUCAGAGUUUCAAAAAGUAGUUGUCAUUGAUGCCAAGGGCCAUCUUAUGGGCCGUUUAGCUUCUGUUGUUGCUAAGCAACUUUUGUCGGGUCAAAAAGUCGUCGUUGUCCGUUGUGAAGAAUUAAACAUCUCUGGCAGCUUCUUCCGUAACAAGCUUAAGUACCUCGCCUACUUGCGCAAGUCUUGCCGUUACAACCCUACUCGUGGUGCUUUCCACUUCCGUGCUCCUUCUCGCAUCUUCCAAAAGGCUGUUCGUGGUAUGCUUCCCCACAAGAGCCCCCGCGGUCAAGCUGCUUUGGAACACUUGCAAGCUGUUGAAGGUGUUCCCCCUCCUUUCGACAAGCAAAAGCGUGUUGUUGUCCCUGCUGCCCUCCGUGUCUUGCGUCUUAAGCCUGGCCGUAAAUACUGCACUGUUGGCCGUCUCUCCUCUGAGGUUGGCUGGAAGUACGCCGACGUUGUUUCCAAGUUGGAAGAACGCAGAAAGGUUAAGAGCGCUGCUUUCUACCAAGCCAAGCACUCCAAGCAAAAGAAGGUUGCUGCUGCCAAGUCUGCUUCUUCUAUAAACCAAAAGCUUGCUUCCUAUGGAUACUAA